GCGACGCUCAGCAGUAGCAAGAUGGCGGCGCAGCAUCCGGGCCGCGACGGCGGUGCGCAGCUGGCAGGGGCCGCGACAGAGGCCGACCCGCUGGGCCGCUUCACGUGCCCCGUGUGCCUGGAGGUGUACGAGAAGCCGGGGCAGGUGCCCUGCGGGCACGGCUUUUGCUCUGCAUGCCUGCAGGAAUGUCUGAAGCCGAAGAAACCUGUCUGUGGGGUGUGUCGCAGCGCUCUGGCACCUGGCGUCCGAGCUGCGGAGCUCGAGCGGCAGAUUGAGAGCACAGAGACUUCUUGCCAUGGCUGCCGUAAGAAUUUUUUUCUAUCCAAGAUCCGGGCCCAUGUGGCUACCUGUUCCAAAUAUCAGAAUUACAUCAUGGAAGGUGUGAAGGCUACCACUAAAGAUGCAUCCCUUCAGGCAAGGAAUGUUCCAAACCGCUAUACCUUUCCUUGUCCUUACUGUCCUGAGAAGAACUUUGACCAGGAAGGACUUGUGGAGCACUGCAAAUUAGCUCAUAGCAUGGAUACCAAGUCUGUGGUUUGUCCAAUAUGUGCCUCGAUGCCCUGGGGAGACCCCAACUACCGCAGUGCAAACUUCAUAGAGCAUAUCCAGCGUCGGCACCAGUUUUCUUACGACACUUUUGUGGAUUAUGAGGUUGAUGAAGAGGACAUGAUGAAUCAGGUGUUGCAGCGCUCCAUCAUCGAUCAGUGAGCCGCGUCCAAGCUGCCUGCCUCAUGUUCCAGAGCUCCCAUAACGUGUUAAGUGUGAAACCUCUGACCUCCUACACUUUGGCUAUAUGACAGCCCCAGAAAUGAGCUGGGACACAGUCACUUCAGCAGAGGAAACGGGUCCCCAAGACAGAGCCCUCUUUUCCUUUGGGCUCGUAUCAAAGCUGUCUUCCCUUCUGUUCACCUUCUUUGUCACAUGGUUUAGUCUUUACUGGUCCACAGCUACUGCUGGAGCUUUUGCCACCCUUCCUGGAAGAGAAUCUAGCUUCUCCACCUCCUCCCGUUUCACAUUUGUUUUCCCAUCCAGUGUUGAUCUCUCAAGUCCUCCGAGCCAGCCAGGACCUUUUCUGGGUCAUGAAUAGCACAAUGAAACAGGUGUCCCCUCCUUCCCUGUCCCUGAGGUGGGUGAACUCUGGCCGUCCCACGUCUGACCAGUGCUAAGGCUCCUUGUAAUCCGAGCGGCUUGUCAGUGUGUCCUUGGCUGCAACAGCCACAAGCAAGAAACAUCUCAAAAGUCCUCUGGGGGGGUGAAUCUUCUGGGUUGAGCAUGAUCUGAUGCUGGAACUUCUGAUUAGUGAUCUUUUCCUACUCCCACACACCCUUAGAAUGAACUGGUUUGGUCUUAAAUGCCUGCAUGGUGCCUUUUUAGGAUAAGGUGUAACUGUAACUGUAUGUUUUCAGUGGAAGUGUUUCUAGGUUAGGAAAGUCAAAAUCCAUUCAUCCAUAAGUGGGGAGGAGGACUGUCUGAGGUGCAUGGGCUGUGGCUUUGGGCUCUGGUUUCAAGCAGACGAAGUAUUUCAGGCAGCAUCAUGCUACCUCUGUGUUGGGAGCCUGCUUACAUUCUUGUCCUGGAAGCACAAAAGGGAUUCCUUAAGUGAGUAAGAAGGGACAGGUUUGGGGCCUGCCAUGGCUGCUAGUUUAUUCAUCUUCUGCUUGGUGACAUAGAUUACACCAAACAUUGCUUUUCUGUCACAGAUCGUUUCCUUCAACUCUGGUUUCCACUUGUAAAUCUGUUAGGAAGCCUUCCUCAGUGCAGAGGGGCUGUUGGGAAUCCAUAUCGCCCUCUGUUGUCUCUUCUGACAAGACACUGUUCCUGAGGCACAGCGCGUGUCCUGGGGAGCUGCAGUUAGAGCCCUCUACUAGAAAUUCGCCUUGUAACAGCCCAGGAACUUCAAGUCCAGCAUAUUUCCCGAAGAGUCCUAAAUACAAGGCCAAGAGUGGCCAGCCUCUCCUGUAGGAACAGAACCACUGACAAAAAGGCAUAUGGAUCUAGCUUCGUUGUUUGAUGUCACACAUCAGUAGUCUGAAUAGGGAUAUUUUUCUCUAGCCAGUGGCUGAGGUCGCAAGUGAGCGGGCUUUGGGCCUUCCCCCUGCUGCUGUGGGCCUCUCCUUACCUUCCAGUAAGGAGCAGCAGAUGCCAGCAAUCAGCAGGGACAGGGCCCAUUUGGGGCAAAAUAUUUUUUUCUAAUGUGCUUUGGAAGACCCAAAUGUUAAAGCCAAUGUCUUCGCUGUAAUUUCUGGGAAAAGCUCACUGAGACCUCCCUGGAUUUGAGAUCAUCUCAAGAGGUCAGAUUUUGGAGGGAAAUUUGAAAAUCGAGGGAAACUUUCAUUGGAGGAAUCUGACAAAGGUGUGUCCAUCUUACUAAAGGUACCAAGAAACUUCUUUCUUGUAUUAAGUGCACUUCAUAUAUUUCUAAUAAGAUGACUUUCCAGAAAGAGAUUUGUUAUGUUCUGGCUUUUAAAAGAUGAGAUAUAAAUAAAUUUCAUAAUUUAUCCAAC